AUGAGGGAGCAUGCCUAUGUGCUUCUCAAGAUGUUGGAAAGGGUUGAAUAUGAGGUUGAAGAUUUAGAGGCCAAUCAGUUCCACAAAAGAGGGGAGCUUGAGGAGGCACACAUGAGACAUCUUGAAGAGGUUGAUGAGUUGCAAAGAAAGCAUGAUGAGGAGCUUGAGAGGCAGCAGGAGUGCAUUGACACAUUGGAAGAAGAGGUGCAAUUUCAGUGGGCAAUGCUCAACAUCCUCAACAACAACGUCAAAUGGCUAGAGCCAGAGUCCACUUGGAGGAAACAUGCUAUCCAGUUGCAAGAGAUGCUUGAACAAGUGGAAUCCCAUGUCACAUAUCUCAAGAGCAAUUGGGUCCAUAGUCACAUGGAGCUCAAGGAGAUUAUAAAAAGGCAUAAAGCAGAGUUAGAUGAGAUGAGAAAGAAAUAUGAGGAGGACCUUGAGAGCUAUUGUGACCAUAUUGAUGAUUUGGAAGAGGAGCUUGAUGUGCUAACAAAUGCUCAAAGGAAGGAGAUAGAGGACUUCAUUAGCCUCUGCAUUCAAGAUGAGAUAGAGAGGUACCAAGCUAAUGCUAUCAUCAGAGACAAAAUCAUCAACUUGAUGGAUCACACACUCUUGUAA